CAGACUUCUCUUGGAAGACCACCUCAUCCGCAUCACACAAGGCCAUCGCCAUCAGCGCCAUUAAUCAACUAUCUCGCUGAUCGACUUUCACUCGUCAAGAUGGUUCUCGCGGUCGAUCUCCUCAACCCCACCCCCCAGGCCGAGGCCCGUAAGCACAAGCUUAAGACCCUCGUGCCCCAGCCCCGCUCCUUCUUCAUGGACGUCAAGUGCCCCGGUUGCUUCACCAUCACCACCGUCUUCUCGCACGCCCAGACCGUCGUCAUCUGCGCCGGCUGCUCGACCGUCCUCUGCCAGCCCACCGGUGGCAAGGCCCGUCUGACCGAGGGCUGCUCUUUCCGCCGCAAGUAAACGAGAAACGAAUGAAAAAACUUUUUUUCUUGUUAUGUUCCGGUUGAAACGUCAAAGAGAGAAUUAGCAUGGAGAAAUUAGGAUGAAAAUACCAAAACCCGGGGUUGACCUCUU